AUGGACGAGAUCUUUGCUGGUAAACUGGGUUAUGAAAGUGUGCAACUGAAAAGUAUCAGGUGUGGAAGUGUAAUUGUUGAUUUGGCCCUGAAGUUCAGUUCCACUGUGAGAGAAAACGAGGUUCUUUCUAUUCUUCGAGAUGCUGUAAAGAAUGGAAAGUUUGGAGAUCUUCGUGUGACGGCCAUAACAGGCACACGAGACACCGCGAUAACAACCACCAUGGCCACAACACCUACCAGCUCAUCUGAGAUUCAAGCGUGCGGGGAUUGUGCUUGCAGCUGCACCGUAUUGGGAGUUGUGAUCGGUCUCCUUGUUGUCAUAAUCAUUGCUCUUGUUGUCUACAUCUUAUGGCUUAGCAAGAAAGGGACUGAAACAAGGGAUAGAGUAAAUCGAGCGGCAUCUAAUGAGGAAAGAGGCAAAAUGCAUGUAGGUCUUUACGUAACAGAAAGUACAAGUAGUCAAUAUAAAGUAUUACAUGAGCAGCCUUUUACUUGA